AUGCUGAAUAAUUAGUUAAAAAUAUAAAGGUUUAAUUAUUUGAAGUUUGAGCAUUAACAUAAGAAGGUUUAAACCCUUAUUCGAUAUCGUUAUUAGAAUUACUUAUAAUAAAAAGUAGUAGUAAGAAAUUAUGGAUUCUAAAAAAUCACAACAGCCAGCAAAAAGAAAUUCUUGUUAUUAAUUGAUAUGAAUAUUUUUUUUAGCAAUUAUUGA